AUGACUAGGAGCCCCCACCUUAGCUCCAAACCUGGCCCAACCUCACCUCCAGUAUCUGUCCUAGCUCCAAUCCCAGCUCCACUCUCACCCCCAGACCCAGUGGCAGCAGUGGCUACAACUGUGGCCCCGGCCCAGACCCUGGCCUCAGCCCCGGCCCUAGGGCAGACCUCAGCAGCCGAUCCUACUCUACCAGGCCCCUUCCUCAGCGGUCAGGUAGUCUGGCUGCACCCGGUCAUUUUGGCCACCAUCAUGGACAGCUAUGAGCGACAGAACAAGGCCACUGCCCAAAACACUCGGCUGGGAACCAUGGACAAUCACUCAGUGGAAGUCACCAAUUGCUUUUCAAUGCCACACAAUGAGCCAGAAGAUGAGGUGGCUGUUGACAUGGAAUUUACUAAGAACAUGUAUGAAUUGCACAAGAAAGUCUCUUCAAAUGAGCUCAUUCUGAGCUGGAAAGCUACAGGCCAUGACAUCAUGACAAAGCACUCUGUGCUGAGCCAUGAGCACUACAGUGGGGACGCCCUAACCCCAUUCACCUCACUGUGCCACCAGAAUGGUCACAUGAGUAUUGGGGCUUAUGUCAGCACUUCAGUGGGUGUCCCUAGCAGGACCAUCGGGGUGAUGCUCAUACCUCCAACAGUGAAAUGUAUGCACUAUGACACUGAACACACUGGAGUUGACCUUAUCAUGGCAACCUGUUUGAGCCCUAACUGGGUGAUUGGAUUCUCAAGUGACUUGCAGGGAGCAGUAGGUCGGGCUCACAUCCAGGAUGCCCUAGGCACAGUGUGGAAGCAUGCAGAAGGUGUAUGGUCUGGAAAGGUUUCAGCUGACCAUACCGUGGGCUGCUUCUUGAUGAGUCUGGUUAACCAAGUACCCAAAAUAGUUGGUUACUUGGUACUGGUACCAAAUAUCUGA